AAAAAAAACUUAAAGAGUGGGAAAACCAAUUCUGUAACACGCUAUUCUUGUGACUCCUCCAGUAGAAGAACAUUGAAAGAAAGGUCCGAGCUUUUUAUUGACUCUAAGAUGAAGAAUGAACAGAAGCAGAAACCUCCAGUCGAAGAUUCCCCUGCGGAGACUUCAAAGAUGAAGAAAAACGAGAAGUUUGUGUGGCCAUGGGUUGGUAUUGUAGCAAACAUACCAACGGAGGUUGAGAAAUCUGGACGUCGGGUGGGCAAAAGCGGCUCAGCGUUACGCGAUGAGCUUAUCCAGAAAGGGUUUAAUCCAACAAGAGUCCAACCCAUUUGGAAUUUCAAGGGACACUCUGGUUUUGCUUUGGUGGAGUUCAGCAGAGACUUUGAAGGGUUCGAGAACGCCAUGAAAUUCGAAAGCAGCUAUCUUUCAGACCGCCAUGGGAAGAAAGACUGGGAGAAUGGUAGUCACUUGAGGGAUGAUAAACCCUAUGGAUGGGUUGCGAGAGAGGAUGAUUACAACCGAAGUGGAAUUGUUAGCAAAGAAGUUAGGAAGAAGCGAGAUCUGAAAAGUCUUUCACAGAUUCAAGAGGAAGAUGAGAGGAAAAUGAACCAGCUUGUUGAAAACAUGGCUCAAACGAUUGAGAUGAAGAAGAUAAGCAAGCAAGAGCUCGAACACAAAGUGAAUGAGACUUCUCGUGUUUUGAAGAGUUUGGAAUUGCAUAGCGCUCAGCUAAACCAAAUCUACAAAGAAGAGGCUGAGAAGAUGCAGAUGAACUUGCAAGAGCAGUAUAAGCAGAUUCUACUAGGACAUGAAAAAUCUUUGUCCGCGCUGGAAAGAAAGAGGGUGGAGUUGGAGGAGCGUGCAAGACAGAUCGACAUAAAUGAAGCUGAGAUGGAAAAAUCCAGACGUGAAAGAGAAAUGAAUCAAAAAGCUAUGUGGGAGCAGAAUGAAGCGAAUAAGGAAGCUAUGAACCUUGCAGAAAAGCACCAGGCAAGUAGUUCUUUAGUUGGACUCUUUAAAGAGAAGGAGAAGCUUCAUAAAAAGAUUAUGGAAAUGGAAGCUAAGCUUAAUGAAACUCAAGAGCUGGAGUUGGAGAUAGAGAAUCUGAAACGUAACACCAACGUAAAGAAGUAUAUGGUGGGGAGUGAUGGAGAUGCAGAGUAUAUGGAGAAGAUGGCCUUAGCCAAGACUCAGAUGGAGCUCGAGGCUAGAGAAACAGCUCUACACGAGAAAAUGAUGGCUCUGUCACAGAAAGAACGUGUGACCAACGACGAGUAUCAAGAUGCUCGUAAGGAGAUGAUUCUGUUCUGGAAUGGGAACGAAGAUUUGGUGUGUGAAGAGAAGAUUAGAGUGAAGAGAAUGGGGCAGUUAAACCCAGAGCCGUUUUUGACAGCAUUGAAGAGGAAGCUUAGAGGUUCAAAAGCAAAAGCAGAUGAGAGAGCUAUGGAGGUGUGUUCAAUGUGGGAAGCACAAAUUGGAGAUGUGCAAUGGCAUCCAUUCAAAGUCGAUGAUUCUGAUGGAAAGGCAAAGAAUGUGGUGGACAAAAAGGAUUUGAAGCUGAUUAAGCUGAGGAAUGAGUAUGGUGAGGAAGUUUACAACGAAGUGGUGAGAGCAAAGCAAGAGUUAUUGGAGUACAAUGCAAGUGGUAGCUAUGUGACUUUGGAGCUUUGGAACUUUGAGGAGAACAGAAAGGCGACGAUGGAGGAAGUAACGGAUGUGAUGCUGAAGAUAAGGAAGGAUCUUGUGGCUAAGAAGAACAAACGAAAGAGGCGUUAAAGAAACAAAGCAAAAGAAGAUUGAGUUUAAGUAAUAAUGGCGAGAGAACUAUGAAAGUUAUUGUUUUGCCCUUUAGAAAAUUGCUACACACAAGUUUAAGUUAAUUUGCUACUAAUGUGAGUGGCGAGAGAACUAUGAAAGUUAUUGUUUUGCCUUUUAGAAAAUUGUUACACACCAGUUUAAGUUAAUUUGCUACUAAUGUGAGUGGUUUUGCUAGUUUCUUCUA